AAUUACUUACACCAGCAUACAUCUAGAGAGAGAGAUAUGACACAAAUGAUGUGGCUCCUUUGGUGGCCAAAGAGCAAUGCCGCCGCAAAAAGUGGAAGUGAAACCGGCUGCGCCACCGCCUCCACCAACAACGCCGCGGUGUCAACUACUUGCCAAGCUAGCAGCGAUGUCUCGCCGCCGUCGCAUUGUUACUGCCUUACCAAACUGGUAAGGAAACUAAGGAGACAUAGGCGCAGAAGUGUACGUUCCACGAGACGUCUGAGUUCAUUUCAGUGCCGGUACGAUCCAUUGAGCUAUUCUCUUAACUUUGACACCAGCGGGAGUGGGAGCUGCUUUUUGGAUGAAGAUUACCAUCGCUUUUGCUCCUUCUCUUCGAGAAUAGGAUCAGAGCAAAAAGAUAGCCAUCUGGUGAAAGCUACUAGGCUCUAAAAAUGGUAAGAACGCCAUGUAUCAGCUCGUGCAUGCUAGC